AUGUCCAACUCGACUCCGAACGAGCUCGAUUUCGAUACGCUCGAAUCGACCCCCUUCACCCUCUCGGAAGUGAACGAGGACACCGAUCCCGAAACGGCGCUCUUACUCGCCGAAUUGGAUCGAAAGAAAUCGAAUCGAUCGCUUUACGUACCCACGAACGAUGCAGAGGUGAGGAACAAGUUGAGAGCGCUGGGCGAACCUGUUAGUUUGUUCGGGGAGAGACCUGAGGAUCGCAGGGAUCGGUUGAGGGACGUUUUGGGAAGGCUGAGGGAGGAGGAGAAGAGGAGCAGGAGGGAGAGGAGGGGUAGUUUGGCCGGGAGUGGUAGUGAGAGCGACGAGGAGGACAGGGAGGGCAGUGGCGGCGGGGAGGAGCACGAGGAGGAGGAAGAGUUUUAUACGGAGGGCUCGAUCGAGUUGAAAGAGGCGAGGAGGAGGAUCGCGCAAUAUUCGUUGCCGAGGUCCGUCCGGAGACUGAACGAGAACUCUUCGACACGGGGGCGGAACUGACUCUGGUCGUACGCUUUCCCCCAACCCAGAGCUCAAUCGCGCAUCCAAACCCAACGUCAGGAAGCGAACGUCAAAUUAGGGAGACUGAUGGACGUCCGACGCGCCGUCUUUGGUCGACUCAAACAAUUCACCAACCUCGGUUCACAAAUCGGCGAUACCCGACCCUUGGGGCCGCUCAAGUUUUCGCCCGAUGGCACGAUCUUGUUGACGAGUAGUUGGACGGGAACAGCCAAGUUGUGGAGCGUUCCGAGUUGUAAAGAAGUCCGGACGUUGAAAGGUGCGUGCCGUUCGGACCGCAACCGACGAGGCAGAUCUGGCUAGCGGCAAGCUUACGCUCCUUUCUUGGACUUGCGGCGAAAUCUCACAGCCCACAAGGAACGGAUAGGUGGCGUCGCUUGGCAUCCGAGUGCGACGAUUGGGCAAUCGACCGCGAGUGUGAAUUUCGCGACCAGUGGCGCGGACAAGGAGAUCAAAUUGUGGAAUUUGGAAAAGUGAGCGCAGUGCUCUUCCCCGUUCUCUGCACUUUCUCUCGAAACCAAUCCGCCCCCCCCCCCCCCCUCUCUGUCCACCUCCACAGCACCGAAUCCCUCGCCACUCUAACUGGGCAUUCCGCGCGCGUAUCCCGCAUCGCGUUUCACCCUUCAGGCGAAUACCUCGGAUCCGCCUCUUACGACGGUACCUUUCGCCUUUGGUCCGUCGAAACCUCGACCGAACUCUUACUCCAAGAAGGUCAUUCCAAAGAAGUCUAUUCGCUCGCUUUCCAACCCGACGGUUCUCUAGCUUGUACAGGUGGUCUAGACGCCAUCGGUCGAGUAUGGGAUUUGCGUUCGGGAAGAUCUGCGAUGGUGUUGGAUGGUCAUGUCAAGGACGUGUUGAGUAUGGACUUUGCUCCGAAUGGUCAUCAACUCGUGACUGGUUCGAAUGAUGAUACGAUCAGGGUAUGGGAUCUCAGGGCACUCAAGAGUGUGUAUACGAUCCCCGCGCAUAAAUCGGCCGUUGCCGAGGUCGCGUUCUUCAAAAGUGGUGCGAGUCAAGCGGGGGAAAGGAAGAUCAUUCCUAGGGGGUUCAGAACGUUGGGCGUGUUCGAUUGGAACGAGGAGGCGAAUAAGGACGUCAAGGGUCCGAAUGAAGGCGAACAGGAUAUAGCGGACGUACCUUUGAAUGGGUUGUACCUCGUUUCGGGAGGUUACGAUGGCACGGUCAAGAUUUGGAGCGCGGACGAUUGGCAGUUGGUCAAAACUUUGACCGCCGAUUCGGAGGGUAAAGUCAUGGGCGUGGAUGUUAGUCCCGAUGCGAGGUUCAUCGCUUCGAGUGAAUACUCGAGGACGUUCAAACUUUGGUCAACGCCCGAGGUCGAUUUGGCUUAG